GAUUUGAUUGCAAUGUCCGCCGGUUGAUGGUCGUCCGUGUGGCGGCGGGCCAUAGCUCGCGCUCCAAAAUGUUCGCCGACCUCUGCAACAUAUUCCGUACCCGUUUGUCUCUGGAUAAUGCGAUGCCUAUCCGUGCCCCGUAUCCAUGCCACUAAAGACCUCAACCCAUGAUUAAUCACAGCUACCGUGUCCUGAGCGAAGAAGUAUCGACCUCCAGGCUCUUUGCCCAACUCAACAAGAACGGCUACCACGCCUACUGGGACAAGAACUGUUUGAGCGACGGCAUCAACUGGGAAAGCGGCUUCAUCAACGGCAUUGUCCGCUCCAAGAUCGUCGUUUUGAUGUGCUCCGAGAAAGCCAUGGAGCGGGUCAUGACCGCGCACGUCACCCCCGACAACUAUUUUCUCGAGUGGGAGCUAGCGCUCGAGCACGUCGACGACCCCUCUGCCAAAGCAAUGCUCCUCCCCAUCCUCAUUGCCAGCCAGGUCACAAUCGAUAGCGACGUAUACUUUAAAAGAUACUUCCCAAGCUUUGAAUCGUUCCCAAACUCGUACGCAGCCCACGUCCAGAGCCCGAGACGCCGUACUAUCCGCGGAACGAUCGAGGAGGUCUUCAAGCUGCAAGCUCUGAGUGCAACCCCCGACUGGGUUGGGCUGAGGAGCUUGGCAAACGAUAUUAUGCAAGUUCAUUCCAAGUACCAAGAGCGCAUGAACUCAUCCACCGGCCCUUACAGCCCAACCCCCAUCAUCAAGUCUGCAAGCGAGGAUCGCUUGCUGGCUUCUCUGCUGAGCCCAAUCGACAUGGAGCCCGAUCUGCGGGAGCUGCGAAGUGCCUAUGUCGAGGGAACCCGACUGUGGCUCCUCGACUCGGUCAUGCUCUGGGCCGAAGCCACCGGACAUGCAGACAGCCGCAUCAUGUGGCUCAAGGGCGAUGCUGGAACCGGCAAAUCGAUUUCCGCGUCGCUUGUCGUCGACAGGCUCAAGUCCACCAACCAGCUGGUGGGCGUGUUUGUAUGCAAGUACUACGACGAAGAGCGGAGCAGUCCUCGCCGGCUGAUCCACACGCUGGCAUAUGGUCUUUCGAACUGGAGCGUCAAGUUUGCUCGACUGCUACUCGCCCAGAACCUCACCAAGGAACAGCUCGCCCAGAGGAGCCUCGUUGAUCUAUUCGACAUCCUCAUCGCUCAGCCGCUUCAGGCCCUCAGCGAAGAGAACCCGACUCAAGCAAACGUAGUGUUGGUCAUCGAUGCCAUCGAUGAGCUUGCUCAGCCCCGCGCCGACUUUCUCGACAUCCUCGCCAACCAUGUUACUGCCCUGCCUCGCUUCGUCAAGCUGUUCCUGACCGGCCGGCCAGACCCAGACAUUGUCGGAGCCUUCACAGGAGUGCCCACAACGUCCUUGAAUCCCUCCGACGAUACAUCUUGCCAGCAGCAGAAUCACCAGGAUUCGAUCGUGUAUGUCAAGUGGCUCCUUCGCGACGACAUUUUCUCCAAAUCCGAGCUGACCAAAGCCUCCGAGGUUCUUUUGGAGCGGUCUGGCGGAACCUUUGUGUGGAUCAAGAUGGCCGUUGCCGCCGUUCGCGAGAAAAAGGGCGGCGCCAAGCUCGUGCUCCAAGAUAUUCUCGCGCUCGCUGAGCAAGGGCUUGGCCUGUCAAGCAUCUAUCGCCAGAUGUUUGACCGGUCGCUGGAGGAAACCUCGCAGGACUCUGAUCUCGAGAGUACCCUCCUGUCGACCGUGUGGACAAUGGUCUCGCUCGCAGAGCCGCUGAGCGCCGAGGCCAUUGCGGAGCUGCUCGGAAUCACUGCAUCGGCAGUCAAGCGGGCUCUCGUCAAGCUAUCGCUUCUGGUCGAUCAGCCCUGCAGCGGAUUCAUGGGCCAGAGCCGCGUUGCCAAGUUCUGCCACAAGUCCGUGAUGGAUUAUCUGACCAGCCCGGACUCGGCCAUGCGUCCCUACCAUACAACUGCCAGCCACCACUAUGCUCUUGCCAAGCGGUGCUUUGCGCUGAUUGAUGAGCUGCCGAAAGGCGGCAAUCUGUGCUCCAUCAGCCAGCUCCACGAGAACAUCCCGGACUUUCAUCAGCUCGUCAAUGCCCGGCUGUCUGCUGCCCAGCAAUACAGCUGCGCGCAUCUCUUUGAUCAUCUCUGCAAGAUCCCGAUGGACUCGGCCGAAAUGCUGUCAAAGUGGGAUGCCCGGCUCAGCCCUCUGUUGUCCGUUUUCCUGGAACGGAAUUUGCUCGUGUGGAUCGAGUCCCUGUCGCUCAUCGAGAAGGUUCCGCUGGUGCUCGGACAGCUGAUGAACCUCAAAAAGACCCUGGCCAGCUUCAAGCUCGAGCUUGCUCAUCCGCAUCUGACCACCAUGAUCGACGACGCCAUCCGGUUCCUCCGAGAGUUUUCUAUCCCGAUCUCACAGAGCGCCGUGCACGUGUACCAGUCGGCACUAGCCUUCUGUCCAAAGGAGUCUAGGCUCUAUCGGAACUACUACCCGCUCUACAGGCAUCUGAUUCCCAUCGAAGUCUUGUACGGCCACGACUCGCUCUGGAGCCAAUGUCUCGCUGUCUUGGAGGGCCACAGUGGCGAGGUGCGCUGCGUGCGCAUUUCCGGCGACGGCUCGACAAUCGUAUCGGCCUCGGCCGACAUGACGAUCCGCGUCUGGAGCUCAGUCACAGGGUCGCUCGUGCGGACGCUGAAAGGCCAUGACAGCCCUGUUUCGUGCAUUGCUCUGUCGACAGACGGCAGCGUCUUGAUCUCGGGCGGCGAUGAUUCCAAGCUAAUCAUCUGGGACGUGCCCAUGGGAUCGCUUCGGAGCAAGAUCAGCGCCCACACUCAUCCGCUGGUGGCGGUCGAUCUCACCAAGGAUGGCUCCACUGCUCUCUCGGCUUCGGGUGACCGAAGCAUUGCCCUUUGGGAUAUAUCCACUGGCACCUGCACCCUGAAGAUUGUUCACACCAUUCCGAUCACAUCCGCUCGCCUCUCGCCUGACAAAUCCACGAUUUACUCGGGCUGCUUAGAUGGCAAGAUUCGAAUCUGGAGCGUCGAGUCGAGCCAGCUUAUCGGCACUCUGCAGGGCCACUGUGCCGAAAUCAAUGGACUGACGGUGUCUUCAAGUGGCUCUCUGCUCAUCUCGGCCUCGUGGGAUAAGACCGUCCGCAUCUGGGAUCUCGAAAGCCGCACCAUCCGACACACACUCCAGGGCCACACCGAUGGCAUCUACGACGUUGCUGUCACUCGCGACGAUGCCUUCGUGGUCUCGGCGUCCGAGGACCAGUCACUCUGUGUCUGGGAAGUGGCAUCUGGCUCGCUGAGGAGGAAGCUGAAGGGACACACCUGGACCGUGUACGCCGCGGACGUAUCCGACGAAGCCUGCACCAUCGUAUCGGGCUCCCGCGACAAGACCGUCCGCAUCUGGAACCUCUGGGGCGAAGACGACGGCAGCGAGUCCAGCACCACCGGCCACUCUCGCUUCGUCAGCGCUGUAUGCUUUUCGCGCGAUGGUCGAAGAAUCGCCUCAGCCUCGGCGGACAUGACCGUUUGCCUAUGGAAUGGCGUCACUGGCGAGCUCCUGGGACAACUCUGCGGACACACCGACGCAGUGCAGUGCGUGGCCAUUUCAGGCGAUGGCCGUAUUGUUGUCUCGGGCGGCCUGGACAAGAGCGUUCGAGUAUGGGAUGCCCAGACCCUCAGCGUCAUCCACAUCUUUGAAGACCACGCCAAUACCGUGCAGCAGGUGUUCAUCUCAGACGAUGCUCUGCGUGUCUCCAGCAAAGACACCUACGGACGAAUCAUUUCCUACGAUCUGAGCGCCGAGCUACCCGAGCCCAUCAUGCGCGACGCUUUGGGCACCAUACCUGACCCAGAGACCGAGAAGCAUGCCGAUACUGAAUGGACCACUCUUGCCAACGGCUGGAUCCGACACAUGGCGGGACAGUUGAUCUGGGUCCCCCAGACCUACCGUGUCGACAAGGGUUCCAGCUCCAGCUCGGCCGGGCCCGUGCGCUGCACUUUUGGUGGGAGUGGCAAGUGUCUAAUCUUUCGCAUUCACGACUCGGAGGCAUAGCACUGAGGCGAGUGUCCGAUACGGGCGCGACGAUGGACGCCGUGCCGGUGGAACUCAAGCUGUCGCAGCACUGAAUACAUAAAGUCAAUUCUCGCUGCGAUAACAAACUCGC